CCACCGAGCACCAUUUGCCGUCUUACGUCACGCAAAGCAUUAGUUCCAGCUGCUUAUGAAGGCCUUAUCUAAUCUGACAGAAAUGAGUCUGCGGACUUUUUAGCGUUUAAAACUUAAUCUCCUUUCCGGACUAAGCAGUCUCGUUAGGGCUUUCGCAGAUGCAUCCUGUCUGGAUUAUUGAAAGCUUGUUGGCAAAAAGCGGUCCUGCGCUGAUCGACAAAUCGACGCCUACCCUCGUACGGCACUAGUACGCAAGGGUUGCGCAGGGUUGAUGAUUGACAUGAUAACACGAUGAAUGGACUCUGCUUCAAAAAUUUUCUGGUGGCUGCACCGCUCCUCCUGUGGCUUCUGUUUGGAGUUGCAGCUCAAGAUCUAGACACCGAAUGGGCAGAAAACACCUGCCGAGCGCUCCAGCCACAUGUCUGGAAGGGAUGCGUUCCUGCGGGGAACACAACGGCCGGAACCUUCUCGAAGGUUGAAAGUGUCGUCGACCUUGGCACUUGCAUUGACGAGUGCUGCAAAGCCUCCUCUUGCAACGUUGUAUUUUUCUUCAAAAAGAGCUGUUUUCUGGUGGAGUGUGCGUCAGAGGAAUUGUGCGCCCCGAGUUGCAUGAAAAUCGAGAAAUACGCCCGAGCGCAAAUGGUUUUAAUUAGACCAGUAUUAAACCCUGUAAACUACGAUAAUGAGGAAAUGAUGGCUGAUAGCUCAGUGCUCCUUCCGAUCAAGAGCUGCGAAAUUGGUGUUAUUAUCGACUGUUCCGCGAAAGAAGUGUGCAUUCCGAGCCAUCCUCGGGGAAGAGGAGGCACAUGCCAGUGCAAAGAGGGUUGGGAAAGAAACCAGGGUGGUGAUUGCGUCCAGCAAACGAGCACCGGCCUUCCACCUUUGGAAGGUCAACGUCCUUCGCCCGCUACAGAGAAGCACCUCUCCGUGUCUGUGAUGUCGAAGGAAAUCCGACUGCCUGUCAGUGAGGUGGACAUUUCUGCCUACACUGUUCCGGCAGAAGGAACGGGGGAGCAUUACAACUACAAGUGGGAAUUGGUCAGUCAGCCUGCAGACUCGACGGGGAACAUGCAAAAUGCGGCUUCAAGCAAACUGAGCUUGACGCAUUUGUCUGAAGGGUUGUACCAGUUCAGGGUCACCGUAACUGGAAGUGGAGCCCAGGGAGAGGCCUUUGCAAAUGUGUCCGUCCUUCCUGAACAAAGAGAAAACCAAGCUCCAGUUGCUGUGAUAACACCAGAAAGGCAGACCAUAAAACUGCCUAUAUCCGAGGCGGUUCUUGAUGCUUCGAGUUCCAAAGACGAUGAAGAGGUGGUCAGCUACCACUGGGAGUUGACGCAAGGCCCUUUAGGCUACGCGCCAACCCUCACAGACAGCCCGACUCUGCAAUUGCAUAAUUUAUCUUUUCCUGGCAACUACAGCUUCAGGCUGACCGUGAAAGACCGACACGGCGCCAGCAGCCAGGCACAGGCCCAAAUAAUCGUCAUCAAAGAGACGGACUAUCCCCCAGAGGCAAAUGCCGGGCAAGAUGUCAUAAUUUAUUUGCCUCAAAAUGCACUCACUCUCAACGGGAAUCAGUCCAAGGACGACAGGGGCAUUUCGUCUUGGGAGUGGACCAAAAAUAGCACAAGCAAAGCGGUAGACAUGCAGGACACAAGAACUCCCUACCUAAAACUAUCAGACUUGGAAGUAGGCGUUUACACUUUUGUUUUGAAAGUGACGGACACUGCGGGUCAAAGUUCGAGUGCUGAAGUUCAUGUUUUUGUAAAGGAGCCUUUGCAUUUACCUCCAUCAGCAAAUGCUGGUGGAAACAAAACGAUUGCUUUGCCUAAAAACUGGGUGAUUUUGGGUUCCGAAGCUGAAAGGGAAGACCCACAGACGUCUUAUAAGUGGAUCCAAGAACAGGGUCCUCUGCCAGCAAAGUUCGACCCUCAGUCGGGCAACUCCAGCCGAGUGAAUGCCACAGGUCUCACAAGAGGCAUUUACCUGUACAGACUGGUCGUCACAGACAUGUCCAGUGGCUCCUCUGUCAAUGAAACUGUUUAUGUCACCGUCUUACAAAACCAAAAUGAUUCUCCUAAAGCAAACGCCGGUGGUGACUUGACUGUUUCUCUACCAAUAAGCAUUUUAAAAUUAAACGGUUCUAAAUCGUCCGAUGACCUAGCGGUCACAAAGUGGAAGUGGUCAAGAGAUGGCGCAAGUCUGGCCCAAGGCACCGUCCUUGACAAAUCCGAUUCCAGCCCUAUCUUAAUGUUAAGUGGAGUGGUUGCUGGUCAAUACGUAUUUAGGCUAAAGGUGGAAGAUGAACAGGGUCUUUCCUCGGAAGACGUAGCUACAGUAAUAGUGAAUCCAGAUCCUCAAUUGAUGUCUCUAGUCAGACUAACGCUGGGCGCUGCCUCUCGCACUUUAAGACAGGCUCAGCUUGAGAGCUUGUUGAAACAAAUUACUCUGCUGUUGCACGGGGGUGCAUCCAUUAUUGUUAGAUCUGUGGACGAGGAGCAAAACACUGGCAGAGCCACCAUUACAUUCCUAGCAGUGAGACAGGCAUCUAGUGGAGUGAAUGAGACACUUGGAGGUCCUCAAGUUGUGAAAACUCUCCGUGCCAAACUUCGGCAGGACCCCAGCUUGUUGGACCUUCCGGUUGCUAUGAUUGAGACUGUUGUGUGCCAGAAUAACUGUUCCAACCAUGGUACCUGUGAUGAGGCGACCAGGCAGUGUCUUUGCGAGGCCUUCUGGAUGCAAGAUCUUUUUGCACAGUAUUUCGGAGAUGGCGAUAGUAAUUGUGAUUGGAGUAUAUUGUAUGUGGUUGUGGCAGUAACUGCAAUUCUUCUCGGCCUAUGUGGUCUCUCAUGGGCUGCUUUUUGUGCUUUGGCACCAGCCUUCAAAUCAACGCCGCCGCCUUCAAAAAGGUCACAACGACGAAAGGCCUCGUAUUCCCUGUUGGGAAGUCAUGAAGAGGAUGAAACUUCUUUGACUAAAAUAUCAAGAAGAAUGAGUUUGUCAGAAGCGAGUGACACCGACUCUGAUGUACUUUUCGAAACUCGAAGCAAAAGCAAUGGAUCUGCCAACGGCAAGUUGGGUCGUCGCAAGUGCUAGUCAAUGAAAAUCCAGUUGCAAUUUUGUGAGUGUCCAUCUGUUGUUGUUGUUUAUUACUUUAUAGGGACAUAGUUGUGAGAAACGUGAGAUACAAAAAUGUAAUAAAAAAGGAAUAGUGCGCUUAGCUCAGCUCGGUCAGGGGGCCGAACAGGUACACAGCGGGGUUAGCCUCGUUGGCAUCACCAAUGAACUGUGCGUAGAGCUCCUGGUAGCGGGCAAGGUUGAUUCCGCCAAUCUUCUUGUCGUUGUCCUAUAACACAAUAAACAACAGCAAUUAAAUCUUUAUUCUAGAAAAACUCGUCUCAUUUCGCAAUAAUAUUUUAAACUUAAUUUUAAUAAAUGGGUAAACUUACAUUAAGCAGCUUGUUGAAUGCAGCGUCAAGCUCAUCAACGUUGGUGAAGGCAGAGCGAGAAACAGCGUCAACGCGGUACUCCUCGGGUCCAAUCACACCGUCGGCUGUAAAGCGAAUUGACCGUUUACUAAAAAGCCGCAGGCCAGUUUUUGCAAGAGGUUUAUUCAACAGAGAUUCUGUUUUGUGUUUAUUUGCGUCAGGAUUUAUGUGGUUAGCGCGGUCAAGAGCAUUAGUCCAUGCAGAUUUUAGCACACAACAUUUAACCUUACCGUUCAGCAGCUUCUUGCUAGAGGACUGGGUGGGACGGAAACACUAUGAUGGUGCCAAUUUGCUUUCUAGCAAACUAGGGUUGACUUUUUUAAUAAGAUGAUUUAGUUUCAGUGCUUUUUCAUCUUUAUCAGAGAAGAUUAAUUUUUUUUAUAAAUUUUUUAUUUAUCCGCCGCGAGGGCGUUUCUGUUCAAGUGUAGUUUAUUUAAGGUGAAUUGAAAACUGGCCAGCGCUCCAAAUUUAUAGGUAAGCGGCCGCCAAAGGUUCAAAAUAAUUCUUAUUUAGCUUUUCAAGGGUUCUUAAAGAGUGCGAUAUCCUGACUGCCAGACUCACCAUUAAUGUCCAAGCUCUUGAAGGUGCUGUCAAUAAAGACACGCAUUGCAGGGGGGAACUCAUUGUACUUCUUUCCAACGCAAGAGUUCUUGACGGCCAGUUUGAACUCGUCCACAGACACUUGGCCGUCCUUUUGCGUGUGACAUGACAUGAAAAAAUCAACGAGACACAACGGGGGUUAGGCAACACAGACAAAAGAGAAAAGUCGUCAAAAAAAGUGAAAGUUGAGAAAGAGAGACGUGUAAUGAGAGUGAGAUAGAGUCUGGGGGGCUGACUAUGUACCGUUGAUGUCAAUGGACUUGAAGUGGGAGUCGAUGAACGCCUUCAUGGCCUGGGGGAACUCGCCAUAGGUCUUGCCAAUGCAGGUCUUCUUGACGGCGCCCUUGAACUCGUCAACAGUGACGAGACCGUCCUGAAAGCCAUUAAGUCAGCCCAAGCCCGCCUCAACAUUUUUUGUCAAGUCUCUUCGGGUGUGGGUGAAUUUUGCGUUUUUAUUGGCAAACGUAUUUUUCAUUUUAUUUAAUUGGAAUGUGACUUGUGAAUGAGUUUCCUACAAGUGCCAUAAAUCUGACUAACCAUUUUGGGCAAAAUGAUGUCGUGAAAAACAUUAAUUGGGCUCGCCAAAAGGAGAAGAAUCUCUUCUGGAGAGUCCGAAUGAGGUGGAAAUUAUUUGCAAUUUGACUAAUCUAAUUAAAAAAUUAUAAGUUCGCUGCAGAUAAUGAAGCCAUGCUGAGAAGCAUAUGAGUAAAUUAAUGAUGAUUAAAUUAUAAGUCUUAAUUAACAACUAAAGCUCAGUCUGAAAUUUGCAUAAAUUGAAAUGGCCUCAACUUGAAAAAAAAAAUUAAUCCUUUCUCAUUGUAUGAGGGUUGAAGGUCGUCGGAAAGUACCUUGUUGAAGUCAGCGAGCUCAGCAAUCUCGGACCACAGGUUCUGCAUGAUCUUCUGGUUGUCAGCGAAGCGCUGGGCGGAGUACUCGCCGCGGGCCUCAAGGAUGGUAGCGCGGAGGGCUAGGCAUUCGAAGUCGUUCUUGUCCAAGUAUCCAUUGUUGUCAAUGU